AAGCGAAAAGACGCCUGCGACCAAACACAAAACCACGGAGGACACAACAGCCGCAAUCCAUUCUUUUCUGCUUCCGGCCACAGACAACAAAACCAACAACCAUGAGCAACAUCCGAGGACUCUACGACGACAAGAACGACGAGUCGUCCGACGACGAGAACAACCGAUACGUGGGCGGCAUCGGAGCCCGGGGAGGCGGGAGGUGGGUCUGCUGGUUUGUUUGUUUGGCUGCCUUGGCUGGUGGCAUGUGUUGCAUGUAUUGCGUUGCGUUGCUUUGCUUCUUUGUCUUCUCCUUGUCGCUGCAGCCGCGUUUUUGCUAUGCCAAUAGCUUGUGUUGCGGGGUCUCGAUUGCCAUUGCGGAGACUCGAGAAUGGAUUCGAUUUGAUUUGAUUCCAUUCGAUUCGAUCCCAUUCCAGUCCGUUGCGUUCCGUGUUUUCGAUGCACGCUGCCUCCCUCGAAUCGAUGGAGGAAAGAAAGACACGGCAAAGGGAGGAUGUGUGGUUUCGGUGGCCGAUGGGGACGUCCAGCGACGAGACAAGAAAGAGACGAGGACAUUGUUGGGCGGCAAUCCCGCGGUUCAUCCUUUGCUGCUUGGCUUGCCGUAGGCUUCCUUUUCCGAGACUGACCGCAACCGCUUCUCUUUUGUGUUCUGUUUGCUUGGAAUCCUUUGCUCCGACCUGGGGUGUCGGUUCUGCGUCUGGCCCCUUGCAUCGCAUGCAUGCAUGCAUGCAUGUAUGCACCCCCUUUCGGCGUUUCUUGCUUGAUGGUGCAACACGUGCAUCCUUGUUGCCUGCCCUCUUCCAGCGGACUCGCCGUCGAGCCCAACACGGCCGACGCCAACCCCAACGCGAACGGACCCCCUUCCACCAGCGACUCGAUCUUCGACCUGGCCGAGGCCGCCGGGAGCGCUUCCGGCGGGGGAGACGGGGAGGUCCGGCGGACCAUCACCAUGUACCGGGACGGCUUUGUGGUGGACGACGGGCCCUACCGGAGGCUGGACGACCCGGCCAACAAGGAAUUCCUCAAGUCCCUGGCCCGGGGGCAGACCCCCUCGGAGCUCACCGGAGACAGCAGCAGCGGGAACAUCACCGUCGGCCUGAUCGACAAGCGGGGGGAGGAUUACGUCGAGGCCUUUCGCUCCUUCAGCGGGGCCGGCCAGAGCCUCGGGGCCGGGAGCGGCGCGAGCGCUGGUGCGAGUUCCUCCGGGGUCUUUGACCCGGGGGCCCUCGGGGAGGCCCCCCCUCCCCCCCCUUCCGGCGCUUCCACCACGGCGAUCGCCGUCCGCGGCCUCGACGGGAGGCGCAAGGUCGUCCGCCUCUCCAGGACCGCGACGGUCGCCGAGCUGGCGGCGAGCCUCGACCCGCGCCCGCAACAGGCCUUCCGGAUGGUGGCGGGCUUUCCCCCCAAACCCCUGGUGGAGGAGGGGGCGACCCUCGAGGAGGCGGGCCUCGUCGGGGCGCAGGUGCAGCUGCAAAAGGCGUAGGAGUACGCGGAGGCGUGCGCGGAUGCGGAGGCGAUCCCCCCUUGCGCCGGUUUGUGGGCCAAGGCCUUUCGUCCCAAAGGAAUGAUCCAAGAUUGCGAAUGACAGUAGUAAUUAUUUUUCGCGGCACCCGUCGUAAUCUAGAACGU